GCAUUGUGGAGGUAGCGCGCGCCCAGAGCUGAGCCGCGGCCCGGGGACCGCGCGCGGGGAGCUGUCCGAGGUGCUGACCGUCCCCGCCCGCGCCCCGCGCGCCCGCCAGCUCCCGGCCCCGCGGUUUCCCGGUCCCCGGCCGGCUCCCGCCCUCUGGCUGCCCACUUCUCUAAACCCAGGGGCGUAGCGGCUGAAGGAAGUCAUGGUGUUCGCUCCAGGUGAGAAGCCUGGGAACGAGCUGGAGGAGGUGAAGCUUCAGAAUGCCAGCAAGCAGAUUGUUCAGAAUGCCAUCCUGCAAGCCGUGCGGCAAGUCUCCCAGGAGAGCCUGCGGAGGGAAGGCAGACCCAGUGACAGCAGGGUCCGGGGCCAUCUGGGAGGGCGCGAGCUGACCAAGAAACAUGAAAAGAAGUAAUGGGUGCUGCUGGCUCUGGCUCUUGUGACAUGCUUGGAUUCUGCGUUUCCUGUUAGCAUAGGACGUGUCACCAAAAUGUUGCCAAUAAGCAAAGCAAAGUGUCGUGGAUGCCUGUCAGUAGGAUGAGUUCAUGCUGGCCUUUACGACAAGCUGUGGUUUGCAUUGGGGACUCUUCAUGUCUUUGUAAUACCUCCGGAAGCAGCUGUGCCAGACACGGCACUCACACCGCAAAGUCAUUUUAUAACAAACCUAUUUUCCAAGUUCUUAAAAAAAAAAAGAAUUCUACAUCUUGUUUAUUUAUACAUUCUUUCUAUGUAUAAUUCAACCAGCGGCCUUUAUUCCCCUUCACAGUUACUGAGUGCAGCUCUGUGUUCUUCAUAAGUAUUAGAAGACACACUAGAAAGAUGACAGAAUAGAGUUUUAGCCUAGUUCAAAUACUGGCUUGCAGGCUGUUAUGAUUAAAGUACAGGUUGAAGGUCAAAUUGAGCAGAGCAGGUCUGAGCCCAGUCCUGAGCUACAGCUUAUGUUUAUUUCACUCCAGGAAAAAGAGAGGGAGAAGCGUUUAUGCUGUGUGAGAACUCAGCCUUUUAAAUCUCUGUUCUCUGAGUUGUUUGUAGUUGGUGUUUACUUUCUGUGCAGAGAUCUGGUAGGGCCAGUACAGAAAUCCUUUCUUAGCUGGAGAUUAAAUAAGAUGACUGAGCAUGUACCCAUGAGUUGCUGGUGAUUCAGUUCUUUGGCAGCCAUCUUGGGCAGCCAUCUUGGGCAGCCAUCUUGGGCAGCCAUAUUCUGAGCCCUGAAGAUGCUUCUCAUCCUGGGUUUAUCUACCCAUGAGGGUGGAGAGGGCAGCAUCCUUGGCAGGGAGUCUGGACCCUAUGACCACUCCACUGUCACUCAGCUCUGUAUUUCACUGGUCCCUUACUGAUAGGGAAUUUUAUUCUUCCAUAAAAGAAAUCAGCAUGACCAUUACAAAAGCUGUAAAGCAUUGCUAAGGAAACUGUUUAGUUUUUAACUCUCUGAGGCAUGUAAACAGAAUGAAAAGAGUGAAGCGGCUGUAGGCUGAAAGCAUUUGGAGAGAGGUGUGUGCACGUGUAUCAACAUAGCCAUCUCCAUUAAACCCCAUAACUUCCUGCUGCUGCUCCUGUGUAGACAACAGAUUCCUCUCUGGAGACAUCCUUUAGAGUCUGUUUACUAUGAUUCACAAAGGCCACUGGGUUGGUGCUCCUUGGGACAGCAGAAGAAUUUAGCAUUGGUUAGAAACCUCUGGUCUAAAGAGUGUGAGUGUCUACAUUGACAUGUGUUCUAAAUGCAAAGUAUUGCUAUGAUACAAAAUAUGGCUAGUGCUCAGACACCUCCGAAAUUCCAAUAUUCCAUGUUAUGUGGGACCAGGGAUACUACAGAUAACAUUAGAUGGGUAAAACUAUCCAUUUUUAAUAUGUUAGACUGUAUUUGGUGGUGCACAGGUGGGACAAAUUAAUUUAGAGAGAGAAUUCAUGAGGGGAAAGGGGUCUGAAAUUUUAGAUAUUGUUUAUUCAUUGAUGUUUUAAAAGCAGAACUCAUGGCAAUUGAAGAAUGAACCUAAAAUCAUAUGGCUGACACAGUUGCUUAGCCUGGGCAGUGAGUGGAAAUAAUCUUGGAGAAAUUAUUCAGAUGUGCCCACAAAUGAGAAACAAACCCAGUGCUUGUAGUUCGCAGGUGACCUGCCACUGUGUCUCUGCCGAGACAUCUAUCUGUAACCAACUUUGUUUCUCUGUCAAAUGGCAGAAAUAUAAAUAUGUUAUCUUUCUUCUCUGGUGUGUAUGUAGUACUAAGCUAGGGGCCUGGGAAAUAUUAUUAAUUUCUGUAUUUAAAUACUAUUUAUAAAUAAACUAUAUCCAGCUUUGAAAUAUGUAUCCAUAUAAAGCAUUUUUCUACAAGCU